UUAUAUUUCCAUGUUACAUGGAUGGAGAACUUGCAAAAAAAUCAGAUCCCAGAGCCCUGAUUCUAAAACGUGGAGGCACUUCAAAACCUAAGAGUAGCCAAGAAGAAAACAAGGAAGCACUAAAGAAGGAAAUCUUAUUCACAGAUUCUGAUAAGUCAUUGAUGCAUGCAGCAAAAGGCAUUGAGUUGGAGGAAGACAAGAUGGGAAUGAAGGCCAAGGUAAAGGAGAGUGACAUGGAAAUGCCAAAAAGACAGGAAGCUCAAGUAGAGGAGAGUGAGUCCAAAAUACCACAAGGACAAAAACCUCAAGUAAAGGACAGUGAGGCUGGAAUACGGCAAAGACAAGAAUCUCAAGUACAGAACAGUGAGGCUGGAAAACCACAAGGACAAGAAUCUCAAGUAAAAGAGAGUGAGUCCAAAAUACCACAAGGACAAGAACCUCAAGUAAAGGACAGUGAGGCUGUAAAACCACAAGGACAAGAAUCUCAAGUAAAAGAGAGUGAGUCCAAAAUACCACAAGGACAAGAACCUCAAGUAAAGGACACUGAGGCUGUAAAACCACAAGGACAAGAAUCUCAAGUAAAAGAAAGUGAGUCCAAAAUACCACAAGGACAAGAACCUCAAGUAAAGGACACUGAGUCUGAAAAACCACAAGGACAAGAAUCUCAAGUAGAAAACAAGAAUUCUGAAGAUAAAGGAAACCAGGACAAAGAAAAGGAAGAUGCAGGAAAGAAUGAAGAUGCAAAAGAAAAUGAAGCCAAAAAGAAGACAAGUGGUGGAAAAAAAAGUCAAAGCUAAAGGAAAGAAAGAACCACAAGCCAAGGGUAAAAAAGCAGAAGCUUCAAAAGAGGGGCAAGGCAAGGAAAAGAAAGAAGUACAACAAAAAGAGAAAGAGUAAAGAUAAAUAAAAGCCCAUAAGACAACUGAUUGUUAUGGUUCCCAUCCUCCAGAUACAAGUAAUAUCCCAAGCACUGCUUAACUGGAUUGUAAUUAUAGAAUUCUUUUAAUCUCUACAUCUGCAGAGUUUCUACUUUUUAGAAGUUUCACCAUUUUUAGAUCUCUCAGCCACAAACCUCAGUUUCCAUCCAUCUGUGUUAUAAGUUGAUAUUUAUAUUACUUAGUCAAAAUGACUGGAAACUUUCUGAAAUAAAACAUUUUGAUUAAA